UCCCAGCCAGGUUUGUUUCUCUCCAAAGUGUGAAUGGAAAAUAUAAGGAAGACAGAGCAGAGGAAUGCGAGGAACUUCUGAAUCACAGCCUCGCAGAGAGAUCUCUGCCUGGACAGUCCAGACAGCGCCAACAUGGCAUGUCAAUAGAUCUCAGUCUAUUACAGUUUUCUGUACUUUAGACGUUUCUGUGGCAUUUGGACAUUCAAGGAUCAAGUGGAAUUUACAGUAGACUAUUCAGCAUAAUCUCUCACACGACAGGGGAUCGGAAGAUUAAGGUACAUUUUGUCAUGUCGCCAUUUAUUUUAAAGUGUAAAAUAAGAAACAGUUGAAUCUUUGUUUGAUUACUGAAAUCACGAGACCUGUCAUCGAUUAACUGAAGAUGCAGGAGGACCCGGUGUAUGAUUUCCCUGAGCCGGUCGGGGAGCUGGUAGGAGAGAGGCGGGCUUGUCCUCAGCGUGGCUCCCUGAAGAACAUCAGUGUGCUGGACCGUCUGCUUCUCACACACCCCGUCUGGCUGCAGCUGUCCAUCAACUCUGCCACCGCUCUGCACAUCCUACAGCGGGAGCCGCCUGGGACCUUUCUGGUGCGCAAGUCCAACACCUCGCAGAAGAAAGUGCUGUGUGUCAGGCUUGCAGACGACAGCGUUCCCUCCUUUGUCAAACAAUUUGUCAUCCGCGAAGUGGACUCCACCUUCUCUUUGGAGAGAGCGGCUAUCGGUUUCCCUGACCUCUUCCGGCUCAUUGCCUUCUACUGUGUUAGCCGGGAUGUGUUGCCCUUCCCACUGGAGCUCCCUGAGGCCAUAGUCAAGGCUUCAUCCCACAAACAGCUGGAGUCCAUUUCACACAUGGGUGUGGAGUUCUGGAGCUCCCAGCUGAACUUCAGAGGUCCACGCAAUGGGCCCCCACCAGUCGAGGCGGCACCGCUGCCCCCUAGCCCCACCCCUGAGGACUGUGCCACGCCCCAGGAGAGCCCCACCCUGUUCCAGGAGUUCUGCCCCAUCCAAACACGCAGCCCCCGGGAGCUGAACUGUGGGGCAGCAGGCCAAGGGGCUCUCUGUUUCAUCAACCCACUCUUCCUGCAAUCCCAUCCUGCACUGCACAAACGCCACCAGUUCAAGCGCAGCCUCAAGGUGCGUGUCUCGACUGAGAACUCUAGCCCUUUGUCCCCACCAGUUGCCCCUCCCCCUCCCCCACCUCUGCUGGCCAAGAAAAAUAUUAAGAGCAAGAAGGUCCAGCGGGCCAGUGGAGCAGUGGAAGCCAGAGUGGAGGGUGAGGGAGGGACAGCACCCGUCCAGGAGGACUCAGACUAUUUGCAGCCAUGCUUGGUUCUUCCAGUUCUUCCACAGAAGACCAGGGUCACACCCACACUGUCUCCCACUGCAGAGGAGGACUACCAUGUGCCCUUAGGUCUCCUGCAGGGACUGGGCCAGGAAAAAGGAGGUGAGGAGGAGGUGGGUCUCCUGCUGGAGCAGAGAUAUGCUCCCUCCCUGAGUGAGCUGGACAGCAGCAGUUCCCUCAGCAGCCUGGAGGAGGCAGAGGAGAGCUCAGAGCGAAUUCCCCUCACCAGGGGCACCAGUAACCCCUCACCCCCAUGCACCUUGCCCCCACGCCAGCCCGUCUCAGUCCUGCGCAAGCUGAGUGCAGUCUUUGUGUCCUUCUUUGUGCCUGAGAAGCGCGUGGCGAGGCUGGUGGAGGACCUGUCCCGUGACAGGAGGACUGCGUUUGGUGUCCUGGUGCAGGAUUUCCUCAGGCAGCAGCGGGAGGCGAUCAAGCCUCAGUGCCAGAGAUCUAGCGUAGAGCUACUGCAGGGCAUCCGCUUCUUCCUCUCCCAGGCCAAGACCUUCCUGCUGGACUGUGGAGACCUAGAGCCCCCAAUUGAGACUAUGGUGCCUGAUGAUGAGAAAGACCUGGUGCUGGAGAAAGCCAUGUUCCGCUGUGUGCUGAAACCUCUGAAGGGACAGAUAGACAGGACACUGCAAACUCUGCAUGAGCGAAACGGUUCCACUCAGAGCAUGGCAGAGAGCCUGGCUGUGGCUAGGGGAAAGACCCCGUUGGAGUGUUUUGGAGUGCGGGUGGGAGUGCCGGAUGCUGCCGGUGUGGAGAAGGUGCGGCAGAAGUUAGCUCUCAUGAGGCGGGCUUACUCGCCCAUUGACAAGGUUGUGCUGCUCCUGCAGGUCUGCAAGCUCAUCUAUAAAGCCAUGACGGACAAUUCAGGCAAGGAAUUCGGUGCAGAUGACUUCCUACCAGCCCUGUCCUAUGUCAUUGUACAGUGUAACAUGCCAGAGCUGUCUGUGGAGGUGGAGUACAUGAUGGAGCUGCUGGAGUCAUCAUGGCUGACAGGGGAGGGUGGGUACUACCUGACCAGUGUGUAUGCCAGCCUGUGCCUGAUCCAGAGCCAGCAUGAAGAAAUGCCCUCUAGCGGGCUGACCCAGGGGGCCAAAGACUCACUGAAAGACUGGAGCCAGCGCCGGAGCAGCCAGGCUCUGAGCCAGAAAAACAUACAACAGCAACUGAGGUGUGUCAAGGUUCUGUUUCAAGAUGGAGAAAGCAGCUGGAUAAAAACCCUGCAGUGGAAGGCAGGAGUUAGUGGGGAGGCCCUGACCCAGCUCUGUGCUGCUAAGUUUGGGGUGGACAACCCAGGACUGUACAAGCUGUACUGGCGGAGUGAUGGGGAGAUUCAAGCCAUCCCAGCCCAGGCCCAGAUCCAGGACCUACAGGGCCAAGGCAGCAGUGGAACACCCCUCAUAUACCAGAAAGCCAAACAGGAUGGACUCAAGACUUGCAAACUAACAAGAGAGGCGGCUGUGGACCUUGUGGAAUCACCUUGAGUACCCACGUGUGAUUAAAGUCUUCUUAAACCCCA